AUGGCGGAGGGGACUGGAGAGGUCCCUGUUUGGACACCUUACCAAUCUGAUGAUGGCAUCAUUCUUAUUUCUUCAAGUUCGUCAACUUGUUCGGAUGAUCUUGAUGAUUAUAGUCAAAAGCAUGAGUAUCAAUGUUGGGAAUCUGAUAAUGUAACUUCUGGGUUUUCAGAUUCGUUUCGAGUUCUCUCCUACAACGUGUUAGCUCAAAACUUGCUCGAGUGUCAUCCUUAUUUAUACAAAGACUGUACACCAACAAAUUUAAUAUGGGAGGAAAGAUUUUCAAAAAUCUACAAUCAAAUAAUAAAUGCUAAUCCUGACAUUAUAUGUUUGCAAGAAGUGGAGGAAGCACGUUUAACCGACUUUACAUCUAAAUUGGAGACGAUAGGAUUUAAGACGUUUUUUAAGAAAAAAAAGAUUAAGCAAGAUGGCUGUGCUAUUUUCUUUCGUAGUUCGAAAUUUGAAAUGAUAGAUAACUUAACGGUGGAGUUUCACCAACCUAAUUUGCCGAUACUUAACCGUGACAAUGUGGCCUGUUUGGCUAAAUUAAAGCUACGAGAUAAACCAGACUCUAUGCCUAUAGUUGUUGUAACAACACAUUUACUGUACAACCCUCGACGCAUGGAUGUCCGUUUGGCACAAAUAAGAUUAUUAUUGGCCGAAAUCGACAGAUUUGCAUACUACAAUACAGGCCGGAACCGCGGUCACUGGCCAAUUAUUUUGACAGGAGAUUUCAAUUCUCAACCCAACAGUCAGGUUGUACGGCUGAUACGUGAGGGAUACAUUAGCGACCCGAUCGUGAACGAGGACCAAUCGGAUUGGAGGAACAUUAACGUGACUAAUCACUGCGAACACCUACCUUUACAUAUGAACAGACUUUCGGAGAACCUAACGUCUGAUUUCAGCAUAACACUAAUUCAUAAUUCGGAUUACGGGGAAAGUAAUCUAUCUGAAGAUGAGAUGUAUAGUAAAAGGGUCCAAUUUGAGGAAAUGUUCAAAGGAAUGACAUUGAGACAUUCUUUAAAAUUUUCAAGCGUAUAUGAUCACGUAAAGAAAAAUGGUAAAAAGGAGGGUACAACUUUCCAAAAUAGUUGGGUGACUGUAGAUUAUAUAUUUUACAGUAAUUUACUGAAAUUAGAGGAACGUCUGAGUCUCCCUUCAGUGUCGGAUGCAAGAAGAAUGGGCCCGCUACCUAACGACAGCUGUGGGUCCGACCACAUACCGCUAGCCGCCAUGUUUACCUUGCGUAAUUUGUCUAUGCCUUCAUAA